AUGUGGCAAAGCGUUGGUCUCACUGUGCUGGUAAUUGUGGCCACCCUUGUGUGCGCUUUGCUCUUCAUGGUUUUUGGUAAGUAACAAAAAUGUGUUGCGUUCGUUAUUUUACAGUUUUCUUGAAUGUUGUGAGAUUAACCUUACUGAGAUAUGACGAGGACAUCACGUCUGACACAGCUGCGAAAUGUAUCAGCUAACCGUUAACUGCAGUAGCUAGCUAGCGUUGCCAUUAUAGCUAGCUAGCUACUGUACUGUGUACAACGUCAUGAAGAUCUAACGUUAGCUAGCAGCUAUCUUUCUUUAGGGAGCGGUAACUGUGCAAUACCUCAAUACACAUCAUGUUAUUAUAGGUUUGUAGCUAAACCCCUCAUGGCUGGUAUGAAUUGGAUACAUUUAAAUCAUUGAUCCAUAUCAGUUGAUAUGUCUGGUUAUUGUGCUUGAGCAGUGUUCGUUUAAUAGCAUCCAGUAAGUCGUUCUCCUCUACUUUUAUCCCCUACAAGGGGAGGAGCCUGAAGGAGUCAUGACGUGGCAAUGACGCAGUUCCUUUGUUUUGCCACGUUCACCUGAAAGAUGUUUCUGUGUUCAGUGCUAGUCGGAACUAGGAACCUCGGAAAUGUUUGCAUUGCAAAUUGGUUGAACGCGGCACAUGUAUAACUACAACCAGUUAGCAAGUCGGAAAUGUCUUAAGUUUCCUGGUUCCAAUUAGCACCAGAACGCACCAUUUCUACAUUAUGACUCACUUCCUUUAUCCUACCUUUGUAGGCAGCAUCAACAUUGACCAAAACUUGAGACAUCUGUUGCAUUGUGUGACAAAACUGCACAUUUUAGAGUGGCCUUUUAUUGUCCCCAGCACAAGGUGCACCUGUGUAAUGAUCAUGCUGUUUAAUCAGCUUCUUGAUAUGCCACACCUGUCAGGUGGAUGGAUUAUCUUGGCAAAUAUGAAAUGCUCACUAUCAGGGAUGUAAACAAAUUUGUGCACAAUUUGAGAUAAGUAAGCUUUUUUUCUCAUGGACCAACACUUUACAUGUUGCGUUUAUAUUUUUGUUCAGUAUAAUUUGUUUUGCUGACACUCCAUACUGGACUGUAUAGCCUACUUCCUACUUUCACCCCUAUUUUAGAGACGUUUCUGCUUAUAAUUUCCGACAUUUGGUAGGACAUAUUAUAAUUAGGCCAUUUGUUUGUUAACUAUAGUUGGAUACAUGCAGCUUCUCUUCUGUCAUAACUUGUUGCCCCAGACGACUAAAUAAAGUAGUGCUCAGCAGAAUAAUGUCUUACAUCGAUAGAAUUAAUGCAUUAGUAAUCUAGUUAACACCGGUAAAGUUGUCUGUUUUGUUUGUGGACUGGGGAGAAAACAACAAUAACUCCAAAAAGUGGAAAGAUUGGUCCUGUGCAAAAUUUCCAAAUGUCAUCAGUUUGACUGGUUUUAAGGAAAUGAAAAGCUGAGAAAAUGAUGAAACAGGUUUCUGACAAGACUUCAGUUCGUCUUGGGUGCAUAUUUUAUGUGGUUGAAAUACUGUCUGCUUGCAUGACAGUGUCAAAGAUAAUUCAUUACACACGUAUUCACAUUUUCUCAAGAGAUGCUGAAAGAAACAAAUCAUAUUUCUCCACUCCUGUUCCCAAGACAACAUUAACAUUUGUUGUAUCAUUUUACUGCAAGAAAUGCAUAAUUCUGCAGAAGUAAAUAUUAUAUUACGCUACUAACCCAUAUGAACUUAAAUGAGGAAUAUUCUCUUUUUAUUAAUGGAUACAGGGAUACUCGUGAGCAGGAUAUCAAAGGUGCAUGUAAACAGCAUAUCCCAAAUAAGACCUUAAGCAGGAUAUCAAAGGUGCAUGUAAACAGCAUAUCCCAAAUAAGACCUUAAGCAGGAUAUCAAAGGUGCAUGUAAACAGCUUAUCCCAAAUAAGACCUUAAGUGGGAAAUGAGCUACUAUCCAGAAUACUGUGGGCAUGUAAAUGUGGUCACUGACUCAAAUACAACAAAUUAAUUGUUUGAUUCUUACGCACAGUCAAUGUUCACUUUCUACUGGGUGACCUUUGCUCUGUUUGGCCCCUCAGGUUGGUAUGUUGUCUGGCAGCUCUUCCUGUCCAAGUUCAAGUUCCUGCGUGAGAUGUUGGGCGACACCGGCUCUCCGCAGGCCGAGACCGAGCCGUCCGAAUCCAAGAGCGAGCGUACCUCUCCUCCAAACCCACGCCAGAGGCCCAAGACUGCCCGCCAGAGGGCCGUUCCUCCUAAUAGCACUACAUAG